CACACACACACACUCAAAGAGAAACCAAAUCACUUUCCGGCCCUUAAGCCAGAGAGAAGAGAGCUGUGCCGAGGCAGCUCUUUCCUGGCCCUGCAGUCAGGAUGGAAGGAAUCUUUAGCAGAAAUAAACAAGAACAUCCGGAGCCAAUCCAGGCAGUCGUGCACGGCAAAAUCCCAAGCUGGAUGGAGGGCAUCCUUCUUCGUAAUGGUCCGGGGAUGCAUAAAAUAGGGGACACUGCCUACAAUCACUGGUUCGACGGCAUGGCUUUGUUGCACAGUUUUACGAUAAAGAACGGUGAAGUUUUCUAUCGAAGCAAAUACCUCCGCAGCGACACUUACAAGAGCAAUGUUGAAGCCAACAGAAUCGUGGUGUCGGAAUUUGGAACGAUGGCUUACCCAGACCCCUGCAAAAAUAUAUUUUCCAAGGCCUUCUGCUAUCUAUCCCACAUAAUACCUGAAUUCACAGACAACAACUUGAUCAAUAUCAUAAGAAAUGGUGAGGAUUACUAUGCAAGCAGUGAAGUCAACUUCAUUACGAAAAUUGAUCCUCGGACUCUGGAAACUCUAGAAAAGGUUGACUACUCCAAGUAUGCAGCCAUCAAUCUGGCAACCGCCCAUCCUCAUUAUGACAGUGCUGGAAACGUUCUCAACAUGGGCACGUCCAUCGUUGAUAAGGGAACGACAAAGUACAUUCUUUUUAAGAUUACCCCUUCAGCACCAGAUUUAGAAAGGGAAACGAAGAAAAAAAAGUCUUCCCUGAAAAAUCUGGAAGUGGUGUGCUCCAUCCCCUCCCGCUCUGCACUGCAACCAAGCUAUUUUCACAGCUUUGGCAUUUCGGAAAAUUAUAUCGUGUUUAUAGAGCAGCCAUUCAAGUUGGAUAUACUCAAGUUGGCAACAGCCUAUAUUCGAGGGGUCAACUGGGCCUCUUGUCUUGUCUUCCUUAAGGAUGAAAAGACCUGGAUUCAUCUUGUCAACAGACGAAGCAAAAAAGUGUCUACCAAGGUUUACACUGAUGCCAUGGUUGUCUUUCACCAUGUAAAUGCUUAUGAGGAAGAUGACCAUGUGAUUUUAGAUCUAAUUUCCUACACAGAUAGCAGCCUGUACGACAUGUUCUAUUUAAAAAACCUGGACAGGAUGUUUGACAACACUGCCAAAAUUACUUCCACACCAUGCUUCAAGCGAUUUGUAGUUCCUCUGCAGUCUGACAAGGAUGCAGAAGUGGGUUCAAAUUUGGUCCGGCUCCCAUCAACCACUGCAAGUGCUGUGAAGGAAAAGGAUGGCAGCAUUUACUGUCAGCCUGAAAUACUUUGCGAAGGAAUAGAACUGCCUCGCAUCAACUAUGAUUACAAUGGCAGAAAGUACAGAUACAUCUAUGCAACAGAGGUGAAGUGGCUUCCAGUUCCCACGCAGCUAUGUAAAUUUGACACUAUGACCAAGAGAAAACUUUUUUGGAGAGAAGAACACUGUUGGCCAGCAGAACCAGUCUUUGUGCCUAGUCCUAACUCCAAAGAAGAAGAUGAUGGUAUUAUCCUGUCAACCAUUGUGACAACACAACCCCAGAAGCCUCCUUUCCUGCUCAUACUGGAUGCUAAAAGUUUCAAGGAAAUAGCUCGGGCAACAGUGAAUGUAGAACUACACUUGGAUUUACAUGGCAUUUUCAUCCCUGAGAAGGAUUUGAAAACGGAGCAGGAGACUGACGGAGGAAAACAUGAAUCCAAGGGAAAUCCAUUCCCUAAAACAGACGACAUCGCUGAAGCCAGCCUGACAGUUAAAAAACACAUGGAAGACUUGUAACAGUUCAGAUAUCGGCAUGUGUGCCUGUGUAUUUGGUCCUCACUGUUAUACUCUGUUCCACAGAAAGGUGAUUGUUGGGAUAGAUGGGGUAAGGCGGCUGAGAAAAUUGUGUCCUUCUACAUUAGAAUAUAGUCCCGAAUUAAUUUAAGAAUUAUCAUUCAUUUUCACGCACUGCCUUUGUCAAAACCAUUAUUUUCUCCAUUAUUGAAUAUGGUACUUUCAUACAAGAGCAUU